ACACUCAAGUUGGACGCUUCCAGGACGGGACGGAGUGAGCAUGGCAUAUUCCGCAAAGAUCGGACCCUCUAUUUUAAGCAGCGACCUUUCACAGCUCGGAGCAGAAUGCAAGCGAAUGAUGGAGUGUGGUGCUGACUUUCUGCACCUUGACGUUAUGGAUGGGCAUUUUGUUCCAAACAUCACAUUUGGCCAUCCCAUGGUGGAAUGUCUACGGAAUGCUGUCGGUCCAAUUCCUUUCUUUGAUAUGCACAUGAUGGUGUCUAGACCUGAGCAGUGGGUGAAGCCCAUGGCAGCAGCAGGAGCCAACCAGUACACGUUCCAUUUGGAGGCCACCACCAAUCCUGGAAAUCUCAUCAAGGAAAUCAAAGAGAAUGGGAUGAAGGUUGGCCUGGCUAUUAAGCCUGGAACCACAGUUGAAGACUUGGCCCCAUGGGCUGGACAGAUUGAUAUGGCUCUUGUUAUGACGGUGGAGCCUGGCUUUGGAGGGCAGAAGUUUAUGGAGGGCAUGUUGCCAAAGGUCAGCUGGUUAAGGAGUCAGUUUCCUUCCCUAGACAUUGAGGUAGAUGGAGGAGUUGGACCAGACACAAUUCACAAAUGUGCAGAGGUAGGGGCAAACAUGAUUGUAUCAGGGAGUGCUGUAGUGGGCAGUGAUGAUCCUCGAUCCGUAAUUGCUCUCCUCAAAGAUGUUGUUAUUGAGGCCAUCCAGAAACGAUUUCUGGACCGCUAACUGUUGUUUUAUUUUUUCAUUUGGAUGUUUUUCUUUUUCUUAAUGUUUUCCAGCACCACUGAAAUUCUAUAAUACCUCUGUCUGUGUUUGAAUGAUAUUUUUGAAGACACGGUUAAGAUAAUUGAAUCCUUAGUGAUAUUUGGUGACAGACUUGUGUAUCUAGUGCAGAACAUGCCUUUUGACAGAGGACUGUGAUUCCUAUCUUCAUUGUGACUGCUUUUCUGGAAUACCAGUACAGUGGGCCAUUGUUUUCAUUUUAGGUACCUCAAUCUAAACACACUAUGUAUCCUCAAACACUUUUCAUACAGGUUUGAGAUCUUUAAUUAGCUUGGACAUUUCUUCUAAUUUUGCUUUUUUUUUUUUUUUUUUAAAUACUAUGAACUUGGCAUAUGUUUUCUUUGAAUGACUUUUCGGGGGGAACAGUUAUUUCAGAAAUUUAUUAAGAAGUUAACAUUUAGUGUGUUCAAAGCUUGGAGAAUAGAAACGAUUUAAUGCUACGGCUGGCAGACAGUAGUUUAUUUGAAGAUUACGUGUUGACAAUUAAUCCAUAAUACAUUUGUAAAAUGUGGCCUUGAAAAUUGCACUGCAAUACAUUUAAUGCAGAAAUAAAAAUAUCCACAAGG